AAAUGGCAUAAUUUUGUCAGAUGACACUCGAUUGCACUCGAUAGUGACAUGCACCAUGUCAGACGGUUAAAUUCUCAACAAUCAUUAUUAAAUUAACAAAAAUUAAUUUUUAUCACAAUGUCUCGGAGAGUACUUUGGCCAAAUUCUGCGAUAUUCUCACGGUGCACGAAGGCUACCAAGGCCAGAGGUUUUUUACGACAAAGCACUUCAAGAAGGUCACCCAUUGCUUGUUCGAUCUAGAUGGAACCGUACUUGACUCAGAAAUCAUGUAUCACAAAAUGAUAAAACAAAUAUGCGAAAAAUAUGGAAGGAAAUACACAAAGGAGCUUCGCAUCAGGAUGUACGGAGUUACGGACCGGGAGAUCUGCCUGACGGUGGUGAAAGAACUCAAGAUGCCGAUCUCAGCCGACGAGUUUGAGAUGCAACUCGGAGACCUCGCCAAGAAGGUCCUGCCGGCAGCCCCGUUACAAAAAGGAGCAGAGCGCCUGCUGACGCACCUGCACGACUACAAGAUCCCCAUGGCUCUGGCCACCAACUCCACGGAGCAAGCGGUCCGGCUCCACGCCACUGCCAGGCCUAGGCUCUUUGGGCUUUUUAACCAUAAGGUGUGCGCCAGCGAUCCAGACGUGGACCGGGGCAAGCCGCAUCCGGAUAUCUACCUCGUCGCAGCGAACCGCUUUCCGGAGAAACCGAAACCCAUACAGUGUCUUGUGUUUGAAGAUUCAGCAUGCGGCGUGGAGGCUGCCACUGCAGCAGGAAUGCAGGUGGUAAUGAUCCCCGAUCCCCGUUUGGACCGCGAGCAAACCCGCCACGCAACACUAGUGAUACGAUCUUUGAUGGAUUUCCAACCGGAACUUUUUGGAUUACCUCCUUUUGAUGAGAAACCGGAGAGACGAGAAAUGCGGGAUGCUUCUCCUACAAAAUAAUUGUCAUUUUUGGAAAUAUUUCGGGUAUAUACUGCCAUCUAUCGGCGAGUAGUCUUAUUAAUGGACUUGUCAGCGCCAUCUGUAGCAGACUUUUUAGGCUGUAAUGAAGUAAGUUGUGUAAACUAAAAUAUAGAUGUCGCUUUUUACGUGAAACAAUUUUUUGCAUCUUACUUUCGUCACUAAACAAUAUUUAAGCUAAACUUUUCGCGUUUAUAAGUUCCCAAAUUUUCCUAUAUUUUUGAGGCAUUUAUACUUGCUCAUUGUUACGCUAUUUUGGUGAAAAUUGCGUCUCACCUCACCAACUACCAUGGAGUAGCAGAUACAUGUUCGAAGAAAAUGUAUAGAUGGCGCUGUAUCCCAAAUUUUCUUUCAGCAUUUUUAGUAACUAAUUAAAUAAAGUACAAGAAUAGACAGUGAUACUAUUUUUAUUUCGAGUAUUUUGUAAAAAAUAAUAAAUCUUCAUAACAUCAUUAUGUGCACCAUCCAAGUCUUCAUUGUACAUUGUGUAUGUUCUUAGGUGUCUUUGUAGUAGGUAGGUGCCUUUUGUAUUUCGAGGUUCUAUAUUUUUUUUGCUAUAGAUUUACCUGAGAUUUUAAAAUAUUUCUUUUUCAAUAAAUAAAAAUGCAUCGGCUUUUA